AUGAUCGGUUCAGUGCCCAAGCCGGUCCACCUGUCGAAGCGCAGCGGCACAAGGUCAACACGAGGCUUCCCCAAGAAGAUUUGGCAAAGUUGGAAAGUUGCGCCGUUCUCCUUCGAGGGCGAGCAGAUUCUUACAGCCAGAACAUGGACGGACAAGAACCCCGGCUUCCGUUAUGAAGUCCUCACCGACACUAACGACAUGGAGUAUGUUGAGGAGCACUACGGCCCUGAAGGCCUCGAUCGCCCAGACAUUGUCGAAAUGUACCGUCAUGUCAACGCAACUAUCAUCAAGGCGGACUUACUGCGGUACAUGAUCAUGUACGCGGAGGGCGGCGUCUACGCCGACAUUGACGUCGAGGAUCUCCGUCCUGUCAGCAGAUGGAUUCCGGAGAGAUACAGGGAGGAGGAUCUUGACCUAGUCAUCGGUGUUGAGAUUGAUCAACCUCAUUUCAAGGACCACCCAAUUCUCGGCAAGAAGUCGAUGUCGUUCUGCCAAUGGACUUUCAUGUCUCGCCCUCGUCAUCCAGUCAUGCUGAAGCUGGUUGAGAACAUCAUGGCAUGGCUCACCGACGUCGCCAAGACCCAAGGAGUCUCUAUCUCCGAGAUCCAACUCGACUUUGACGAGGUCAUCAGUGGUACCGGCCCUUCUGCUUUCACCAAAGCAGUUCUGGAAGUCAUGUCUUCGAGAUCUCGCCAAGGACCCAUUACAUGGGACACCUUCCACGACAUUGACGAGUCCAAGGUGGUCAGUGGCAUCCUGGUCCGCGACGUUGAAUCCUUCGCUGCCGGCCAGGGCCACUCCGACUCUGGCAACCACAACUCCAGAGGUGCGCUUGUCAAGCAUCAUUACCACGCAUCGAACUGGCCCAGCCGCCACCCACGCUUCAGGCAUCCCAUCUUCGGCGAGGUCGAACGCUGCAACUGGAACAUCGAGUGCGUCAUGAAGUGGGAUCAAGACAUUGCCGCCUUCAACGCUCUCUCUCCUGAUGAACAAAAGCAGAAGGUCGAGGAGCACGAGAACCUACAGAAGUUCCAGCAGAAGCAGAGCGAGCAAAAGCCGAUCGAACAGCCGCUACAGUUCCCUCCGCAACAAGCUCUUCAGCCCCCCGCAAACCAAGAGGAACUAAAGUUGAAGUGA